UUGCCUCUCUAGGAAAUCCCGGAAAUCCGGUCGUCCUCGUUUCCUCGAACACCGCAGAUCCACUUCGGCUGCCGUAGACGGAGCCGGACCGGUCUAGACGUCAAAGCAGUUCAGAGAAGUACGACGUUUAGGCUUCUUGUAGGUUGGGGAAGUCAGGCCAUGCCGCAUGGCAUGUGGGAUCUUCGUUCCCUGACCAGGGAUCAAAUCCAUGCCCCCUGCAGUGGAAGCACAGAGUCCUAACCACUGGACCACCAGGGAAUUCCCUGCUCUAGCAAAUUAAUCAACCCAAGGAGGGGGGUCACUGGAACCUGCCAUCUGUGUCUGGUUGCUUAGAAGUACACGUGACAACCUGGACUUGUGUUUGCGCACGAAGUAGGAGGUAGAAGCCAGUCUCAUAGGACUGAGCCUUCAACCGGUGAGAUAUGAUAUUAUCUCCAGGUCCCGACUCCCCAGGAGCAAAAGACUCAGUAGGAGGAGGAAGAAGUUACAGGAUUUGGUAUCAGCAUUACUGGGGACACGCUUGAUUGAAGACAGGACAGCAUUUAGAGCAGAUCCAGAAAACACAGCGACAGAGCCUCCUUGUUGCCAGCUGUUUUCAGAGAACGGAAGAAAAUGAUCGAGGCCCAGGAAACCCUGACAUUUGACGAUGUGGCCGUGGACUUCACGUGGGAGGAGUGGCAGUUCCUGGCCCCUCCUCAGAAGGACCUGUACCGGGACGUGAUGCUGGAGAACUAUAGCAACCUGCUGUCCGUGGGUUUUCAAGCCAGCAAACCAGACAUACUCUCCAAGUUGGAUCAAGGAGAACCAUGGACGAUGGAAGAUGAAAUCCACUGUCGAACCCAUUCAGUCUGGAAAGUUGAUGAUCAUCUGCUGGAGCACUUACAAAAUGAGAGCAUGGAGAAGAGACUAGAACAAUGGCACAAACAGAACCCACUGGAAUAUUCUGUUCAUCAGAGCAGAGCUCAUUUUAUGUUCAGGCAAAAUCAUGGUAUGUUUGACUUACAUGGAAAAAGUAUGAAAUCAGACUUAACUUUACUUCCCCAGAGCAGGAGCUAUGAAAUAAAGAGCCCUGCUGAGUUUACUGGAGAAGUCAGAUCCUGUCUCCAUGCUGACAAUGAACAAUUUCAUACUGAAAUUAAAUUCCCUGAAAGCCAAAAACUCAUCAGCACUAAAUCCCAAUUCAUCAAGCAUCAGAAGACUCAAAAAAUAAAGAAAUCUCAUAUAUGUGGUGAAUGUGGGAAAGCUUUCAUCAAAAAGUCUUGGCUCACUGAUCACCAGAAUCUUCAUACAGGAGAGAAGCCCCAUCGAUGUAAUCUUUGUGGGAAAGCCUUCUUCAGAAAGUUCAAGCUCACUGAACAUCAGAGAACGCAUACAGGAGAGAAACCUUAUGAAUGCACUGAAUGUGGCAAAGCUUUCCUCAAGAAAUCAGGGCUCAGUGUCCAUCAGAAAACCCAUACCGGGGAGAAACCAUUUAUAUGCAGCGAAUGCGGAAAGGGCUUCAUCCAGAAAGGAAAUCUUAUGGUGCAUCAGCGGAUUCACACAGGCGAGAAACCUUAUAUAUGCAAUGAAUGUGGAAAAGGCUUCAGCCAAAAGACGUGCCUCACGGCACACCAGAGAUUUCACACAGGAACGACUCCCUUUGUGUGCGGGGAAUGUGGAAAAACCCUUUCCCAAAAGACAGGUCUCAUUAAACACCAAAGGACUCACACGGGAGAGAAACCCUUUGAAUGCAGCGAUUGUGGAAAAGGCUUUAUCGAGAAGCCACAGCUUGUUAUACAUCAGAGAAUCCAUACAGGGGAGAAACCCUAUAGAUGUAGUGAAUGUGGGAAAUCAUUCAGAGGGAAGUCAGUCCUCAAUAAACAUCAGAAAACUCAUUCAGUCAAGGUGGAAAAUCCUCCCUCAGAGGGUCACAGGUCCUCACAGAGCAGUGUUGUCCUCCAAGAGAAAAACCUUAAUACAGUGACAAUGCAAGUACCUUCUGUGGUCCCUCAGACAUCAGUCAACAUCAGUGGGCUCCUAGCAAACAGGAAUGUAGUCAUAGUGGGACAGCCUGUGGCCAGAUGUGCACCCGCAGGAGACAGCAGAGGGUUGGCACAGGAGAGAACCCUUAUGAAUGCAGUGAAUGUGGUUGUGCCUUCAGUGGUCAAUUAUAUUUUAUUUUAUGUCACAGAAAACCAGUAGGGAAAAAAUUAAGACAUUCUCUGAGAAAAAGGGUUGAACGAAAAUUUCUAGUUCAUAUGGUGGCUGAAAAGUAUACACUGAGAGAAACUGUAUAAAUGCUGAGACUGGGAACACAUGACCUACUCAUCCAAUUACGUAUAUGCCUUGAUACAGAGGCAUAAUCUGAUGUUAACCGAAACACAUACACGUCAGUUGCUCUGUUGUGUCAAUUAAAUAAAUGAAGGAAGCCUGAGUUCAACUAAGUGGAGGAAAUAAGGAGGUGAAUUUUUUAAACAUAUAAUUUGUUUCUGGAAGGUUGCUACGGAGGAAAAAUCACAAGAGGGCUAAUAUUGGAUUGGUGGGAUAUGGGGCGUGUAUAUAUCAAUUCAGUUUCCCCAGGCCAAGGUGAACGAUGAAUCUGAAACUGAGAUGUCUUCCUUAAACUUUCAGAAGUUUAUAUUAUGCAGAGGGACUAAUGAAACAACAGCCUUAGACUGAGUCAGUUGGUCUUUCACAGAGUAUUUGUCAAAUAUGUCCUUGGUAUAUGGUUCUGUUCCAGAAGCUGCGGAUAUUGUGGUGAUCAGAACAGAGAAAGCUCAUGGUCCCCUGGAGAGACCAUUGAGGUAGUCGGAUUAUCUUUAAGUGGCAUCUCUACACUCAGGCUAAUUUAGUGAGAGGAUGUAAGUAUCCAUAAUAAGUGAAAUGGACCUGGAGUAAUUGGCUCAAGGGAGUAUGACAAUUUAUUGUUGAAGGAGCAUAUCAUUUGGGGGAUUGGGGAAGGAGUUAAUAAUGGUAUU